CUUUUUUCCCCAAUUCUUCAAAAAAACCUCUCCUUUAUCUCCGGAAAAAUUCACUCACUGUUGCUUUUGAUUCAUAUCACAACACACUACACUCUAAUGGCUCGUGCGACGGAAUUUCAAGGCUCAUUCCUGAGUCGAAUCAGCAUCCGCCGUAAUCAGAUCGUCUCCAUGGAUGUCAAUCACGAGCAAGAGCUCGAAGAACUCGAGUAUUUCCAGAAACACGUAGCCGAACGUUUCUCGGAUUUAAUCACAUCUCCAUCUCCGCCUCCUUCCUCCUCCUCUUCCGCCGUCUCUCAGCCGUCUGAUCCGAUUCUCUCGAUCCCUUGGUUACAGAAUCUUCUAGAUGUUUUUAUGUCCUGUGAAGCAGAGUUCAAGGCGGUGUUGAGCACGACCCAGAUCUCGAAAUCGCCGUCUUUAGAAAGGGUUUUGCCGGAAAUGCUUGAUCGGAUUUUAAAGGCGUUAGAUUUAUGUAACGCCGUCGUUAACGGGAUUGAUUCCGUUAGACAGAGCCGACGUUUUGCGGAGAUAGCUGUCACGGCGCUUAAGCAACGGCCGUUAUGUGACGGAAGCGUUCGUAGAGCUAAGCGUGCUUUAACAAGUCUCCUCAUUGGCUUAAACGCUGAUGAGAGGAGAGAUAGAAACAGUGGAGGAAGUGGUUGCAGUAACCAAAGAAGGACGACGUCACGGUCUUGGUCGUUUGGAACGCGUAGCAAUGUCACCGGAGGAGGAUUAUAUGGCCAAGUCGUCAGCAAGAAUUGGUCUGCUUCGAAGCAGAUUCAGGCGAUGGUGGCCAAUCUGGUGCUGCCACGUGGAGCUGAAGCUUCCGGACCGGCAAUGCCGGUUUACAUAAUGAGCAGUGUUAUGGUUCUGGUGAUGUGGGUGCUAGUGGCGGCGGUUCCUUGUCAGACAAGCAGUGUUCUUGUGGCGCCAUUGCCGCUUCCAAAACACCAGAAUUGGGCUAGCGCCGCUAUGAGUAUUCAGGAGAGGAUUGGUGAAGAGAUAAAACGGAAGGAGAAGCGUUGUGGUGGUGGUGGAUUGAUGGAGGAGAUGCAGAGGAUGGAGAAGAUUGGGUUAUCUUUAAUGGAAUUCGCGGAGAGGUUUAGGUUUCCGGCAGAUGAAGAAGAGGAGGUGGAAGUUGCGGAGAAGGUGGAUGAGAUGGAGGAGAUUUGCCGGCGAAUGGAAGUGGGAUUGGAGGAUUUGCAGAGACAAGUGAGGCAAGUGUUCCAUAGAUUGGUGAGAAGCAGGAUUGAGAUUGUUUCACUGCUUGAGCAAGCUCCUGCAAUCUAAUCUUGUAAAUCCUCAAUAACAACAAAAACUUUUCUCUUUUUUCUUUUCUUUGGCGAUUUUUAGUCUUAAAAACUAAUCUUUCAAAAAUAUUGAUGUGUAUAAUCUACAAAUCGUAUACGUACACACCAAUGUUACUGUUUUUGGUAUAUGAUGAUCACUGCAAAACUCUAUUACUGAGAUUAGAUUCAUGUUGCUUUCCUGAAUCUGUUCUUCUGUGGCUUUCGUGUCUCUUUUCCUGACUUGUGAUUGUUUCCAGAAGCUUCCCUUUGUUUUCCGAAGCUUCUGUUACCGGGGCGCUGUGGUCCUGUUCUACUUUGAUUAAUGUCGGAAGCAGGUGUGUGUUGUUGAUAUGUUCUCUUUUGCCGUUUGAAUUUGUUGCCAUCUUGUUUGGCUGUAGUUUCUGAUGAAGCUUCUCUGUAAUUUCUUUUCCGCGGCCUGUAAGAAAGAACCAAUUGUUAUUUUGUAUGCAUAUAAUGAGCAAGCAGUGAUU